CCUGGUGCGUGAGGGGAGUUUCGUGAAGAGAGCGGAGCCUCAUGAGGCGGUAGCGCGGCUCCCGAGAGGGGCCGGGCGCGGUGCGUGUCCCGGCGGCCGCCUCUGCCUUUCCCGCAUCCCUGGGGAGAGGCCUUGAGGCUUUCGCCGAACCGGAGCGGGGCUGGGAGGCGGCGGGGUUUGAGGCCACUCCGUGGGUGCCCGUGUCGCUCCGGGAGCUCCGUGUGAGCAGGCUCUGCCGGCGCCGAGCCCAGGCCGUGCCUAUGUCUCUGGCCCCACCGGCCAAGCGCUGCCCGGCCCCGGGACCAGGCUGUGAACGGCGGUACCUGGGUGAGCACCGGGCAGAGUGGCUGCUCCCCUAACCUCGAAUUCUCCUCUUUAUUACAGGUCGUACGGGUGAUCAGACAGCUGUGAUAUAGGAUACAGAUGCAGCAGGAGUGUGCCAUUUGGUCUCUGGAGGAACGCAACGCUGAGCAUGACGUUGCAGCUCAUAUAAGGAGUAUAAUCGUUCAUAAUGUGUUCCUCCUGAAUGCUAGAUGAACUUCAAAAAUCAAGCAAAAAUGUUGAUGGAAAGAAUGCGAGUGGAUCCAAACAGCGUUAUAAUCGUAAAAGAGAAACUUCAUAUUCAAAAAAUGAGAACUUUUCCAGUCAGUCCCGUCGCUCCAAUUCACAGAAAAGCAAAGCUUUUAACAAGAUGCCCCCUCAAAGGGGAGGUAGCGGCGGAAGUGGCAAACUUUUUAGCUCUAGUAAUGGUGGAAGACGAGAUGAGGUAGCAGAGGCUCAGCGGGCAGAGUUCAGCCCUGCCCAGUUCUCUGGUCCCAAGAAGAUUAAUCUGAACCACUUACUGAACUUCACUUUUGAACCCCGUGGCCAAGCAGGCCAUUUUGAUGGGAAUGGACAUGGCAACUGGGGGAAAAGGAACAAGUGGGGACAUAAACCUUUCAACAAGGAGCUCUUCCUACAGGCCAACUGCCAGUUUGUUGUCUCUGAAGAACAGGACUACACAGUCCACUUUGCUGAUCCAGAUACCUUGGUCAACUGGGACUUUGUGGAGCAAGUGCGAAUUUGUAGCCAUGAAGUGCCCUCUUGCCCAAUAUGUCUCUACCCACCAACCGCAGCAAAGAUCACCCGCUGUGGGCAUAUCUUUUGUUGGGCAUGUAUCCUUCACUAUCUCUCCUUGAGUGAAAAGACCUGGAGUAAAUGUCCUAUUUGUUAUGGCUCUGUUCACAAGAAGGAUCUCAAGAGUGUUGUUGCUAUGGAAACACGUCAAUAUGCAAUUGGCGAUACCAUUACCAUGCAACUCAUGAGAAGAGAGAAGGGUGUUCUGAUAGCACUGCCCAAAUCUCAGUGGAUGAACGUGGUGCAGCCUGUUUACGUCAGAGAUGACCAGCACAGUCAGUAUUCAAAGCUGCUUCUGGCAUCCAGGGAGCAGGUCUUGCAGCUGGUGAUUCUGGAGGAGAAAGCAGCAUUACUGAAACAGUAUGAGGAAGAAAAACACACCCCAGAGGCUUGCUUUAUUGAGGCGGCUAUCCAGGAACUGAAGGAGCGAGAAAUGGCACUUUCUGCUGACCAGGAUAAAAACAGUGGCAUUGCUGGCAUCACUGCAGGUGUGGAAGAAUUGGUCCUAGAAAACUCAAAGGCUGUGGAGCCUGCAGUUUCCCAAGAGAAAAAGUGUGGUGUGGAGUAUCUCUCUGCAUUUGAUGAGGAGCUUGUGGAGCCUUGCUCCGAUCUGGCAAGUUCCUUUUCACCUCCUGUGGAAGCAGAAGAGGUAGUGCUGGAUGAAGAGGAGGUACCUGAGGUGGACACCGUAGGGGAACCUGAUAAGAACACUACAGAAGAACCAAAUCCAGCUGAAACAAGCUGCCAAGAAUCUAAAGAUACAAUUAGCAGUGGACAUCUUAGCAACUCUCCUUUUUACUAUUUCUAUCAAGCGGAGGAUGGACAGUGUAUGUAUCUCCACCCUGUGAACGUUCGAUGUCUUGUUCGUGAAUACGGCAGCUUGGAGAAGAGUCCAGAGAAGAUAACUGCAGCUGUAGUGGAGAUAACUGGCUACUCAAUGACAGAGGAUAUAAGACAGCGUCAUCGCUACCUUUGUCACUUGCCCCUCACCUGUGAGUUCAGCAUUUGUGAACUGGCUCUGAAGCCACCCAUCAUCUCUAAGGAGACUUUAGAGUUGUUUUCAGAUGACCUUGAAAAGAGGAAACGUCUACGGCAGAAGAAAGCUCGUGAUGAACGACGACGUGAACGCAGAAUUGAGAUAGAAGAAAACAAGAAACAGGGCAAAUAUCCAGAGGUCCAUAUUGCUUUAGAGAAUCUGCAGCAGUUCCCUGCUUUUACCUCUUGCCCCGGAGAAACCAGCACUGAUCAUCAGAGCUUCUGUCUGUCUCCUCUUGGCAGAAGCCCUGUGUUUCAGACAGAGUCUAUUCCAACUCCACUGUCACCUGCUACCAGCCAAGUCAGCCCGUUGCUCUGUGGCAGUUUGGAAGAAGAGUCUCCCUUCCCUUCCUUUGCCCAGAUGUUGAGAGUUGGAAAGGCAAAACCAGAAACAUGGCCCAAACCUGCUCCAAAGAUAAGAGAUGAGAACAGUCUGGCACUCCCUGUGCCAGCGGACAGUGAUGGAGAAAGUGACAGCUCUGACCGCAUGCCUGUGCCCAGCUUCCAGAAUUCCUUCAGCCAAGCUAUUGAGGCAGCCCUCCUGAAACUGGACAAACCGUCCACACCUGAUCAUUUAUCAGAGGAAAAGGGAGGCAAGAAAAGAAAGAAACAGAAGCAGAAGCUACUGUUCAGCACCUCUGUUGUUCACACAAAGUGAUUCUGCUAUUCAAGAGAAGUUUCCUCUCCUGGUUUUCUUUUCAUUUUGCUUUGUUUUGCUGCUAUAGUUUAAGUAUUUAAAUUUGAACAGACUAAACUUGUGUUUCCAGGGCUUUUAGGGGGUUCAGGAGGAAACCAUGACAGUAUAUGUUGAAGGAAGGUGUUUUGAUUCCAACUGCUUAAUUAGUUUAUCCUGAAACAAAGUUUUGAAAGAAACAACCCAGAGACAAAUGAGCCAAGGGUUCUAGUCUAUGCCAAGGCGGUUCUUUUGGCCUAAUAAGCAGUGUGAAAGUCUUUCCAGCUGUGUGGCACUGCCAGAAUACUGCAAUAUUACCUAAGUGAAAAGGCAGAGAGCUUUCCCUUGAAGUAUUCAUGUGCAGAAGUCCACUUGACUGUGACAGUAGUGCUGUUCCAGUAAAGCUGUCAAACUGCUCUCUUGAGAAACUGGUUUCCACUGCACUGGAAAUGGGCAAAAAAGCUUCCUGGCUUUAGAGUGUUAGCUGCUAUAUCUGUUCUUUUUCUAAAGAGCAAGAAUUCCUCCUGUUCUCCUGGCUUGGAAAGAUUUAAAGCUGAGGUGAGUGUAAAGCAGAACUUGGCUACUUGGUUUUGAAGUGACACUUGAUGAAUUUGUGUAUUUUAAAACGCGUACUGGCACUAGUGGUAGAAGGAACCUCCUGGCUUCUCUCAGUUGUUCAACUCUGUUUUAAUGUGGGUGAGUGAGUGAGGCUUCUAAUUUUUUUUUUUUUUUUUUUUUGCCAACCAUGGGCUACACAUUCUUUGUAACCUGGUCAUCUAGAAUAAACACUCCACCCUAGGGCUCUUGGUAACUACCUGAAUGAUGUUUUUGACACUGGCUGCUCUUGAAUUGGAAGAACAACUGAUAGCUGGAGUCUGUAGAUAACUUCUAUCCCCCAGCAAGAAGCUGGGGUCUCUUGUACUGGGAUAAGGGCCUGUAUCUGCUUGGUUCUGGGAUGCAAGUCAGUCUGCACUAAGCACCUCAGGCUACAAACAUGCCUCUUCUGGACCCCUCCCUGCUCUUUCUUUGGGUGGUCAUGUUCUGCACUGCUUGUGGUUUGAUUUCAGCUAAUGAGUUAAGUGGUGUGGAUUUUGUUGAAUAAAAUGAACUGUAGGUGUAAUGUACCGGUCAAGGCCAACAGUUGCAAUAAAUCAUAUGCACACACACUUCCAGUACUGCACACUUCCUGAGCUGUCACUGAACUGCCCUAUCAACGGGGAGCACACCACCACUUAAGGCACACAGAUUCAAAUCCUACCUUCCUGCUGACAGGUUUCAUGCCAGGGAGGUAGUAUAAAGCACCCUCUCCCUUACAGUGCAAGACUGACAAGUGUUGGAGAAUCCUGGAGUCGGGUGUUCUAACACCACUGAUAAAGUUGUUGGCUCUGUCCCGAGGUAGAAAGUUUAUGUCAAUGCGUUGAUGCUUGAUUUCAAAGCAGGAGGCUCCACAUUACACAAGGGCUUCCUCGAGGCACUUAACCGUGUGCACAUGGGAAGCUGGUACCAAGGAGCGUAUUUCACAAAGCUCUGUGUGCAAAAAGAAGGGGGAGGUAAAGAAUACUUCAACUGCUGCAGGAGGACAGAGGGAACACUUGCAAAAUAUUCUUUUAAAGCAGCUUGACUUCACGCUUGGUCACGAUUAACUACACUUGAUGAAAAGACAGUACAGGUUGUCAAGAGAGGGCAAAGAAACUAAGACAAGAUGCCUGAAAGCGCACAUUUUGCUGUUAAUGCUUUACAUGCAUGUUGGGAACUUAUUGGUGAGGGUAAGGAAAGGAACUAAGUAAGACUCAAGUAUGCAGUUAACUGCAUUCACAGUACUAUUGUUUCUUAUUUGUAACAGUCAUUUUAAGCCAUGGAACAGGAGUAACUACUCAAGUGUCUAACCGGUACCUGUUGUGUUCUAUAAUCUCUACACGUUUAUAGUCAAUUUUUCUUUGCAUUGGGAAGAGAGACAGAAUAGCUGGAGCUGGUGUAACUCACCUCCACACUUCACAGGCACUAGAAGGAGGGAAGUGAUGUGGGCAAGGACUUGUCCCUUCUGCAGGGGCAGGCUCCACAGGACAGCAUCUUCAAUUGUAUCUUGUUUUCCUAUGGAUUCAAGAGAUACUACCAGCAAUGCUACUUUCCUGUAACUGAUUGGUGUAAACUUAAUAAAUAUCUAAGCAGUACUUGUA